CUUUUCUCUUUCUUUUUUCACUUUUUACCUUCAUAAUAAUAUAUAAUUUGUAAUUAUUAAAUAAUGGAUACUAGCCCAACAUGUACAGGUUGUGAUAAAGUGAUUGAUGAAGGCUCAGUAAUAGCCUUUGGUGACUCAUUGUUUCAUUUAAAAUGUUUCAUAUGUGCAAAAUGUUCAGAACCGGUGGAUUGUGAAUCGAAUUUAUUACUGUUGACAAACGGGAAACCUGUAUGUGAGAAUUGUUCUUAUUGUUGCAAUGCUUGUAAAUUAGUGAUUCACGACGAGGCAAUUAUGACAGGUGAUCAAGCAUAUCAUGCUGACUGCUUCAAAUGUGUAUCAUGUAAAAACAAAAUUGAAGAUCUAGUAUUUACUCAAACAAGCAAGGGUAUUCACUGUACACCUUGUCAUGAGAAACGGAGAGCUGAAAAACAAAAAAGAAGAGAAGAAAGAGAAAAGAGACUACAACAAAAGCAACGACAAAAGGACUUACCGAGUACCCCUCAGCGUCACAAUCAACUUCAACCACCAAACAAUCAGUAUAGCCGAUCAUCGAGUCGUUUAUUUGAUUCGCAGCUUGUUACUGAUUACAUAAAUAGACCAACGCAUUCUCGAUCGCCUUCACGAGCAUCAAAUCAGAAAUCACUGACGGAUCCACCUACGCCUUCGCGUUCUCGAAGUAACUCAAUUGAAAUUCCUCGUCUUUCACCUGAAAUCCCUCAACCAACGCCUUCUCGAUCUGAAGCUAUUCUUUCUUCAUCCAACAAAUCAUCCUCGCUUCAUUCUCCGCCCCUCUCUGUCGACGAUAACAAACUAAACAAACUAUCCCUCGAUUUACCUGCACUUAACCUGUCUUUCUUUGACAAUGAUUCGACUGAUUUGAUUAACCUGACAAAGAAACUGGGCGCAAACAUAUCACUGGAUAUAUACGGUAUUGACAAGGAAAAAGCAGCAGAAGUACCAGUAAUUGUCAAGACGACAGAAAAUAUCACACGGGCUUCUCAGUUAUUAGAAUCGUCAUUGACAGCCGAAAUUGAUGACCUGGAGGAGUUUCCUCGACCGCCUUCUUCUAACUUGAUAGCUGAUCGACUCUCUGUUUAUACAACAUCUUUAUCAAGUGCAUCAUCUUUUUCCUUACAACAGAAACAAAUGGAACAACAACAAGUAGAAGAACAGCUUCGCACAGAAAUCGAAAUAGCAAAUUCUAAGCUAAUGGCCAUGCAAGCAAGUUACAACAAAAUCAAAGACGCUAGUCGUAAUGCAUUGGAGGAGUUCGCUGUUGCCAAAGAAGAGUUUGCGAAAGAAGUGGCACUGCGCCAAAAACAAGAAUAUAACAUUUUACAUUUGAAGCAUCAAUUACAUAUUGCCUAUCAAUCGAGACAUAUGUCAAGAACAGAACUCACAGUAAUUACAAGAGAAGAGAUUGAACGAGUAGCAAAAGCCCGUGUGGAAUUGGAUCGUACAUGCAAUGAGCUCAAGGGAUACAGAAACGUCUUGGUACAAGACAUUGAAUCAUUAUCAAGACAGAAACAGGCUGAUAUUGAUAUAAAUCCAACUAUUCAUUUACAAGAGCAAAUCAAAGCAUUAAAUUGUGAGAUAAAAUCACUUCAUAGUGAUAAAGAUGCUAUACGUGAAGAGACAAGAGUGCUCGAGUCAUUAAGAGAUGAAGUUUUGCAUGAAAUGAUUAUGCUCAACACAAAAAAUGCUGAAUUGACAGAAAUGAACAAUGAUCUCUCAAGACGUAUGACGGAAAGAGAAGCUGGUUUUAUGGCAAACAAUUCCUUCCUGAAUACACCCUCUCCAAGCCUUUCUUCCGAGCUCACAUCACCUAUUGUUGGUCGAAAAUCUUCGGAAGCAAGUAUCAUUCGAGGACAAAUAGGACAACCUUAUGUAACAGCUACCUCUAUGUUAUAUCAACAACAACAGCAUAAUAUUCAACAACAACAGCAACAACCCAAGAUGUUCAAAUUAAAAAAGAAAGGCAACAUGUUUUCUAAACUUAAAGGAAAAGACCCUGCUGCUACUAUUUACGGCAACAACAAUAGUAAUUUGAUGAGCGGCAGUUCUUUGAGUCUGACAACACCUACACCACCCGCUAAUAAUAAUAAUGAUUACUUUAGCACAAAACCUGCAACCUCCAAAUCUUCAGCUGACUUGACAACACAACAUGGGUCACAUACGUUCUUGGCGACAUCCUUCUUACGACCUGUGAAAUGUGAAGCUUGUGGAGAAAAGAUGUGGGGAUUAUCUGAACUUCGGUGCCAAGGCUGCCAUUAUAUUGCACACGGCCGUUGUUUACCUCAUGUACCUCAACUAUGUUAUGGAUCUCAAACAUCGACUAGUUUAGAAUUAGAAGAAAAAGACACUGUAGAAGAUAUCAAGCUGUUCGGUUUUGAUCUGAGUCAAAGAGCACAGCAUGAAGAUAGAGCAGUGCCUUUGAUUAUCAAACAUUGUAUUCAAGUUGUUGAGAAAUCUGGUAUGGAUUAUGAAGGCAUUUAUCGAAAAUCUGGAGGUGCUGCACAAAUGCGAUUGAUACAUCAACUUUAUGAAAAUUAUCCUAUUGGUGAAGAGCCUUCAGCACUAGAAUUUGAUAUAGAAGAUGAGGAAGGCAUUCAUGAUAUCUGUGCAGUGACAAGUGUGUUGAAGCAGUACUUUAGAGAAUUACCAAAUCCUUUGAUACCAUAUAAUUUAUACUCUCAAUUCAUUGAAGCAGUGUCUGUUUAUAUAGGACAAGACAGACAAGACAAGUUUUUCGAGUUACUAUCGCAAUUACCUAAAGUUAAUUAUGACACGCUCCGAUUAUUAAUUCAGCAUUUGAGUCGCGUUCAAGAACAAAGUCAUUUAAACCUAAUGACAACUAAAAACUUGGCUAUGGUAUUUGGACCUACCUUAUUACGGGAUGAAGAAGCAAGCCGAGACUUAAUUGACAUGAGUUAUAAGAAUGCAAUUGUUGAAUUUUUAAUUCUUCAUGUACAUGAUCUCUUAUCAUAAAUUUUAUUUAUUUAUCCAUAUAUUGAAAACAUACAUACUUUGUGAGUACUAAAUGACUUUUGAUUCCAUUUGGCACAUUACACACUUGAUAUGCUUUUCGAUUCUCAACGUAUGCCUUUUUUUGAGCAUCAAGCUAAUUGCGCAAUCUUAUUUUAUACAGUAACUUUCCUUAUAACUUAUUUUUGAAUAAAAUUGAUAAGCAUAAUAAUAACACUAGCGCUGGAUUGGCAGUCUGCUACAGGUACGACUGCUUUCCAGAAUAAACCAUCAUUUCUAUCUUCUAGUUCCCUUCUUUCGAGUUUCUUAUGUUUGAGUAUCCAUAAAAGAACAUAUCGAUGCAUAAAUAUAGCAAGUUUUGAAAAAGUCAAAAAAUCGUCAAUUUGCCCUUAUGAUACUCUUACGAAAUCUUCAGUUUCAC